UUAUGACCCAGUUACAGGAUGGAAAAAAACCUACGUGAGCUCACAUAGUUUCAUUAAUUAUUUAGAAAUCAUUGGAUUGCUGUGAUAAUUGGGUGUUUUUAAUGAUAUACAAUCUGUUCAAUAUCAGGUCUGGCCUUUCCAAUACACAAAGAAAAAAUUCAGAGUUAACUGCAUCAUAUGUCCAUUGUGUGUCUCAGGGCUUUUUCUUUGAAAUAGGGAGGCAUUUAGAAGAGUAUUGAGAGGAGAUUUCAACCGGACAGAAGGGUCUCCUCUCAUGAGGGAACACUGCGAUGGCGGAGGGAUCGGAAUUUGACCUGGACUACAUUACAGAGCGUAUCAUUGGCCUCACCUUCCUCCAGUCCUGCACAGAGCAGACGUACCAGCACAACCUGCACAGCAUCACGCAGAUGCUGCGGUCCAAACAUGCUGAUCGAUACAUGGUCAUUAACUUAACCGAACGCAGUGAUGAUCUCAGCAGGAUGAAUCACAGGGUGGUGGAUUUGGGAUGGCCAGAGCAACAUGCUCCGUCGCUCCAUCUGCUGUGUUCGGUGUGUAAAAACAUGGACAGCUGGCUUAGGGCAUACUCUGAAAAUGUGCUGCUGCUACACUGCAAAGGCUGCAAAGACAGAGUGGGUGUGGUCAUAUCCUCUUACAUCCAGCUAGCUAAUGUUUCCACCAGUGAGGAACAAGCAUUAGAUCUCUACUCCAUGAAGAAGUUCUGCCGUGAUAAAAUGGUUAACCUUAUGACUCCAUCUCAGAAAAGGUAUGUGCAGGCGUUUGGCAGGCUCCUUACCCAUCAGAUCCACAUAAACUCUUCCCCGCUCUUCAUCCAUUGCAUUAAUAUCCAUCCCGUUCCUGACUUUCACCCUACAGUGUGUCAGCUGUUUAUCAGAGUGUAUCAAGAUACACAGACAGUAUACACAUCAGGAGUGCAGCAGGUUCCUGUAGGUCAGACAGACAGAGUGUGUUUUGUUCUGGAACCCCCACAGAUGCUCAAAGGCGAUUUCAUGAUUGCGUGUUAUCAUAAAAAUGGUUCCACGAGGACUCAUGAGACAGUGUUUCGUGUGCAGUUCCACACCAGCACUCUGUGUGGAGACAAACUUUCCUUGCAGAAAGAAGACCUUGAUCAUGCCAACAUAGACCCAAGAUUCCCAGAGGACGGUGUGGUGGAGAUGCUCUUUUCAGAAAUUGCCAACAGAGGCCCGUCCCUUGCUUCAGAUUGUGGUCACUGGAACAGUUCAGCAGUUGACAUGGAAAAUGACACUCUGAAUUCACUACACACUCAAUGGGACUUCACUGAAAAUCUUGCAGCAGCUGCCAAGCAAAAAGAAGGCACACACUCUCUGAGCAGUGACUCUGGACUCUCCAGCUCCUCCCAGUGGACUGGAGGACAAGCCUCUGGGCUCACAAUCAGCUACAGCUCUGAGGAGCAUCCCCAACUCUCCAGAGUAAACCCUGGGUUAAGUAUGGAGGAGGAACAACCUUCUCCAGGCAUCCUGAGAUAUGACCCUAAAGCCAAUCAAGAUGCAUUUGAUCAUUCUAGUCAUUUAAAUGGUAAAGCCAUGUUCAUAGAGCGGGAGACAGACAUUAUAGAUGAUGACGAUGACAUCAUUGUUCCUAAUGAUGCCACUGCUGCUGUUUCUGACUCUAAAUACACACUGUCUUCAAAGGAAAUGUCUGGUUUGUCUUCAGGUGAAUGUCAGAACUCCAUCCAAUCAGAUGAUUGCCAAAGUGAAGCUCCCCCUGCUAUAUUUAGAGACGAUGUGAAUUCCUCAAACACUCUCAUACACACUUCAGUACCUGCUGGAUAUCAGACACAUAUAUGGGUGAAACAGCAACAAUCCACGUCUUACAUGCACACUUCCUCAGACGGACUGGAACACAGGGAGGAGAUGGAGCUCCAAAAAGGUGCAAACAAACCUUCAUUACCAGACAAUGGCUUUCCGGAGUCGCAGUCCGAACCAGACAAAGAUGAUGAGUUUGCGACACUGGCUUUGGAUGUAGAUCAAUCAAUCGAACAGCUCAAUCAGCUGAUCCUGGACCUUGACCCGGACUUUGAGCCAGUCUCCACCCAGGCAAGGAGUCACAUGACCCGCUCGGCCUCCCUUGACACCAAUGGAAAGACGCAAUCAGGUGGAAGGGCCAAAUUUCUCCAGUCAGGUUGGAGGCACAAACAGCUCAGUGAUGUCUCUGAAUACUCUGUGCUGCAGAGUGCAGGUAGAGAUAGAAUGGAGAACAAACAGAGAUUCAUCUUUGGCAAACCAUCUCUGCGAGGUCUAUAUCGCAAUGACUCUGUUGACAUUGGUGACCUUCCUCCAGAGGCUGACAGUCCACUGUGGGUAGGUCUUGAUCAAGUUCCGCCCACACCAGCAUUUCCUGUGACACCCCCCACUCCAUAUGUUAAGAGUGGACAUGACUUCAUCGCUUCAAGAUCUAGCUCUCAAACCAGUAGACACUACAUGAGCUCUCCAAUAUGGCAAGAGUCAAGAGGAUAUGUGGACAGCAUAUCAUCUGAUGGAGAGCUCUAUCACUCUGAUGUCACAGGAAGUCCCACCUCCUGUCAGAGGAUGUUUGGAUCCAUGCACUCUAUCUCCACCCCCAGCCCACUGGUCAACACAGACAGUCCCACCCUCGCUCAUUCCUGGUUAGAGGGUGGAUCCAGCACCCCCUUGAGUCACUACACCCCUCAGCCCUCCCCACCCCUCACCCUCUCGGCCCCAAACUCCCACAGCUCCCCUCGGGGAGCACCCUGUGGCCUGUCCUCCUCUCUGGAUGUCGAGAGCCUGGAGAGCAGCCUUCUGGAGGCGGUGGAGGGUCUGGAGGCUCUGGGUCUGGAUGUGGCUCAGCCUCCCCUUCUGCCCCUGAAGAGACGAGGGACUGAAGGCUCAGAGACCAUGUUCCCGUUCAGCAGGAGUGGAAUCAGCACGUCCUAUGCCAGUCACAACACCUCACCCACCAGAUCCACACCAAGUCCAGAUUUCAUGGCCAGUAAACCAGAAAAUGUGAAGUUCGUUCAGGAUACGUCAAAGUUUUGGUACAAGCCAGAUAUCUCAAGAGAGCAAGCUAUUGCCAUUCUCAAGGAUAAAGAGCCGGGGUCCUUCAUCAUCAGAGACAGUCACUCUUUCAGAGGAGCUUACGGAUUGGCCAUGAAGGUGGCCACGCCCCCACCGUCCAUUCCACAGCAAAGCCGAAAAAUGGGCGAUCUGUCCAGUGAGCUUGUGCGGCAUUUCCUGAUCGAGUGCACAUCUAAAGGAGUGAGGUUAAAAGGCUGCCCCAACGAACCUUAUUUUGGGAGUCUCACAGCUUUGGUGUGUCAGCAUUCAAUCACACCCUUGGCUUUACCCUGCAGACUCAUCAUCCCAAAGAGAGACCCUCUGGAGGAAUUAAAUGAAUCUUCAUCACAGACGUCUACAAACUCUGCAGCCGAGCUUCUCAAGCAGGGAGCAGCGUGUAACGUGUGGUUCCUGGGCAGCGUGGAUCUAGAGUCUCUGACAGGAGUUCAGGGUGUCCAGAAGGCCACCACUGGGAUCUUCAGCAUGGACCCAGCACCCACAUCCACCGUCGUUCACUUUAAAGUGUCUGCACAGGGAAUCACCCUCACAGACAACCAGAGGAAAUUGUUCUUCAGGAGACACUAUGCUGUCAACACUGUGAUAUUCUGUGCCCUGGAUCCUCAGGACAGGAAGUGGACACGGGACGGCUGCACAGCUGCAAAGAUCUUUGGCUUCAUUGCGAGGAAAAGUGGUAACAGCACAGAGAAUGUGUGUCACCUGUUUGCUGAGCACGACCCCGAGCAGCCGGCCAGCGCCAUUGUCAACUUUGUCUCUAAGGUGAUGAUCGGCUCUCAGAAGACCAAAUAGAAAAAACAUACGCAGAGGUUCCUGAUGAACUGGGACCAACUCCACAUCUUCAACUUCAGAUGUAGAGGAGCCAAACGGAUUUACAUUUUUGCUACUGUAAUGUGACCGCUUUUAUGCACUGAUGGCGUUGAGACAGUAAAACAUCAGUAUUGGAAUGGACAAAACUUUAUUUUAUGUUGGAUUCUCCAUUUAUUUAUUUUUUUGACAAGAUACACAGGGACCGCGCUAAAUGCCAUUGGGAUUGUAUUUUAUGGGUGGGCUACCUUUUUUUUUUUUUUUUUUUACAAGGCCCAGGACAACAUUUCCACUUGUCCCCCCUAAUGAUGGACAAGAAGAUCCCUUCCACAGGAAGUCUUUGAAAUCUAUGCGGCACUCUUGCAUCACAGGACACAUCCAGAAGGGGGCGCCACAUUUCUUCGGCUCGUUCUCACACUGCUAUAAACACAAAAAUAUUAUUUUAUCUUAUUUUUAUUUAUUAUUUUGCAGUUAGGUUUGCAGUAUUUCCGAGCUCCUUGGGUUUGUUUGGAAAUAAAAAUGUUGGAGGUGUAUAUGUAGAUUCAUAUUCAGUCUGGGCACAUGCAAACAAAAGAUGCAGACCAAAGACCAUUUUGCAUAUCAAUUUACAAAACUGUAAUGAUUUUAUAUACGUGAAUACAUUAUCAAAUGCUACUUAAAAAAAAAAAAAAAAAAAAAAAAAAUUGCUCAAAAUAUUCAGUUGUUGUUUAUCUCUGUGUUUGUUUAUAAGUGCUGAGCUCCCAUUUUUAGUCAAUGACAAGUGGUUUCCCUAAAAAGCAUAUUUGUAUUGACUUUGUUUAUAUAUUUGGAAAUAUCAUAUAACUCAUAUUCUGUGUAUACUUAUCUCUUACUCAUCUAUGCAAAAUGAGAAUUAAACCAUCUUAUUUGAUAAACCACCCUUAGUUGAGGUAAGCAUAACAUAACUUUUUUCUUUCUUUCUUUCUUUUUUUUUACUGUAAAGAGGAUUUUGCCAUAAACAUUUAACUUGGAAAUCAUCUGAAUCAGACAUAUCUGAAUAAACAUGCAUGUGCAUGAAACGUUUCUUACUUUAAGAAGCAGGGACCAUGUUUUCAUCACAAAAGCUAUUCUGUACUUUCUUUGUACUGUCUAAGGCUUUGGUUUAUUUGUAAAUGAAUGAUUUAUGGACUGUAUACAUGCACAGAAUACAAUAUUAAAGAAACCGUAUGGUACUAAAUCGA